GGCUUCCUUUCCAAGAUGGCGGCGCCCAGCGGGAGGAGCGGCCGGGGGCUGUGGGCCGCGCUGGUGCCCGCCGCGCUGCUGUGCCUGGCGGCGGGGGCCGCGGAGGAGCCGAGCGCGGCCCGGUUCGACGUGCGGCCCGGCGGGGGGGUGCACUCCUUCUCCCGGAGCCUGGAGGAGCGCACCUGCACCUUCACGUACUCGGCCCAGGGCGGAACGAACGAGCAGUGGCAGAUGAACGUUGGAGUCAGUGAAGACAAGCAGCUCUUCUCCUGCUCCGUCUGGAGGCCCCAGGGGAAGUCUUAUCUCUUCUUUACCCAGUUUAAAGCCGAAGUGAAAGGAGCCAAGAUAGAGUAUGCCAUGGCUUACUCUCAGGCUGCGGCGGGUGGACAAAGCGACAUCCCCUUAAAACAGGAAGAGUUUGAGGUCACCGAAACAACAGUGGCUCACAGGGAAGGCAAGUUCCGUUUUGAACUCUCCAAGCUCAUGAUUGUAGCAAGAACACCCCGUGAGGAGCUGUGACCCCGGGGCCGGCGCUGGGCAGGGUGUUCUGGUCGGAAGAGCACGGCAGAUAAAGAGGAUCACUGCUUAACGGCAGGGGGUUGGGUUUGGGGGUUGGCCAAACCUUUUGAUGUUUUCCAUAUUGAAAUGUGCUAGGGUCCAACACAAGCGGGGCUUGGGGGUGUUAAGGCAGAUGCAUUCUGGCUUGUGUCAGAGUAACGAUGUGCUUUGCAGCUGAAACCUCCUCUGAGACUCCUGAUCUGCAGCCAGCCAUUCUGUCACCCGCUUUCUGCUUGGUUGAUCUGCUGAAUAUGGCAAAGCUCCCCUCGGACGGGGGCUCCUUAUCUCCCUUGCUAGGAAGAGAAGCACAGAAAGAUAAGUGGCUGGAUUGAACCAAGGUUUGCUAAAGGGGAGCUCUUAACUCUGUAGUCUCCAGAGGGAAGGAUGGGAUUUCUCUCUCUGCAAGCCUGACAGGAGGAAUCAGAAUCAACUGGGUUGGAAAAGACCUUUAAGAUCAUCAAGUCCAACCAUUCCCCCAGGACUGCCAAUAAUCCAAUUGGGUGGGAGGGGGAAGGAAGGGAUAGAGUUGGCCAAAGCUGUCGGGCUCCUUGUUGAGUAUGGCUGCGCCGGGGAGGAUGUUCCUGCCCUGCCCUAGUGCAGAGCAGGGCUUGGGAGGUAACUGGACAUGGGGAAGGCAGAGCUGCUUAUUCUGACACAACCCAGGAAUCAACCCGAGCACCACUUCCAUGCCUCAGUGCAACUGCAGGACUAUUUUCUACGUACGGAAGGGAUCUUUUUAUCUCGAGGCAUAACAGCGAGGGAAAGUGGAAUUCCUUCCCUGUGUAAAUACACCACCAAUAAAGGAAUAAAGCAUCAA